GUUAGAUAAAAUUCCGAUCUGACUUUGAUUCAGUUCAUACGCUCUUUUCCAUCUGUUUAACCCCAGUGACGCGACAUCAAAGUUACUAUUUUACUCGUGUAGUUUCACUUGUAUCACUUUGGUCUUCGAUAGUUGAACUUUGAAACUACACUGACUGUGUUGCAUUUAUUCCCUCUGCAUAAUAUUUCUAUCUUACGAAGUAAAUAUUGCGUUUAUUAUUUGGUAAAAAUACAAUAAAAUUAAAAUGACUGGCGUGGACGAGAAUGGGUUGGCAAUCCAGGAUUUGGCAAAAUUGGACGUGACAACGUUGACGCCACUCUCCAGGGAAGUAAUCGCCAGACAAGCAACAAUCAACGUCGGAACGAUCGGGCAUGUGGCGCACGGUAAGAUUGAUACUGAAAUCUGAUUAUUGUAUGAAUCAGCUUUGUUGACAUGCCGAUAUCAUGUGCAUGAGUUAUGACACGCGAAGGACAACGAAAAGCAAAAGUUCCAAUUCUCUCACGAUAUCACAGGCAAGUCAACCGUCGUAAAAGCUCUGACCGGUCUGUCCACGAUUCGACACAAGUCGGAAAAGGAGCGUAACAUCACGAUCAAGCUCGGGUACGCAAACGCAAAACUGUACAAAACCGACGAUGUGGAGGACCCCGCUUACCAAUACUGCUCGAUGGGCUCCGCACAGCCGGACGAGUGGAAGGGAACGCUAAACAUAGGUGAGGCGGUAUUACAAUGAAAAAUGCCCCCACCCCCGAACUUGGGAUCAUUUGUAUUGCAAACCUUUCCAAAUGAAACAUUUGCCCUCUUGCAUCUAUCAGCAUCACAGAUUUCCGAUCGUGAAUAGCAAAAAUUUGCAUUGCAAAAAAUCCCAGCAAGAGCGGCGCUUGUCAUGCAAGCGAUGCGACACACGCCUAGAAUCUGCAUCAGAAAGGUUCGUACUCCCUUCAUGCAUGGCAAAAAAGUUUUCAUUUGGAAACUUUGCAUCACAAAUUUUUGCAACUUUGGGAGUGGGGGCAUUUUUCCUUUCAAUAGGCGGAAGACCGGGAAGUCACCUGGAAGCUGCAGCGACACAUCUCCUUCGUGGAUUGCCCAGGGCACGAUAUUUUGAUGGCAACCAUGUUGAACGGAGCGGCAGUCAUGGACGCGGCGCUCUUGCUCGUCAGUAGCAACGAGGUAUACUAAUGACACAAAAUUUAUUUCACCGCGGUUUUGUAUCGUUUUUAGAAGAUGAGGCGAAAUAAAUCAACCCCCUUUUUGCUAUUGCAGCUUGCAUGGCAGAUCGUUGCUGCAGCUUCGUGUGCAACUUGAUGAGAAACUUAAACAAAACUUCAUCUUUAGCCCUGCCCACAACCACAAACACUGGAGCACUUGGCAGCCGUGGAAAUCAUGAAGCUCAAGCACAUUAUCAUCCUUCAGGUAAGCUGGAUAAAAAAUGUUUAAUCAUAUGCAGUGCGACGUGGCCUGGUCUUUCCGCCCGAAUUUUUCACCUGUAAUUUCCUUUUGGUCGGGCAACUUGAUGAAAAAUGAAUGUAUGGAGUUGAAAAGAUAAAAGAGAAAUAAAACACGCAUAAUUACAGAACAAAGUGGAGCUGAUCAAGGCAGAGGCAGCUCGGGCACAACACAAGGACAUCAAAGAAUUCGUGGAGGGCACCGUCGCAGAGGACGCACCCAUCAUCCCAAUAUCAGCGGUAAUUAUGUUUUUCCGACAUUUAGAUUUAUUUAAGACCACAUAAGCAUGACGUUGACAAGAAUGGAUGUCGAGGUACUCAUUGUGUUAGCGCCGAGCUCAGAUCGAAACAAAAAAAACCAACAUCAGGUCCUGAAAUACAACAUGGACCUGGUCGCGCAGUACCUGUGCACGCAGAUCCCCAUCCCCCCGAGAGAUUUCCAGUCCGUUCCCUCCAUGAUUGUCAUCCGCUCCUUUGACGUGAAUAAACCGGGUGAGGAGAUCGAGAAGCUCAAGGGCGGCGUCGCGGGGGGCAGCAUCCUGCGGGGCGUGCUGAAAAUGCACCAGGAAAUCGAGUUCCGACCGGGCGUCAUAACAAAGACCAAGGACGGCCCGGUGUGCAAACCGUUAAAAUCACACGUCACCCGGUUGCAGUCGGAGAACAACGAAUUGCAAUACGCGGUGCCAGGAGGUCUGAUCGCCGUGGGAACGAAGUUGGACCCAACACUCACAAGAGCAGACCACUUGCUGGGAAACGUAUACUCUUUAUACAUUGCAAAUGCAAAUUUUUAUGUGUCUGGGUCCCUGGAUUUGUGAUGCGGGAUGUGAAGGACUAGAAAAUCUGUGAUGCAUGGAGAGGAGUGCUAGCGCUCUUCUCUGUCGCGCAGGCGGGAGCCGCUUUGUCAUGCAAAUCACGAAUGAAUUUUAUCCAAACUUUAACUUAUAAAUUUCAGAUGCUCGGGGUACCAGGAAACAUGCCGCAGAUUUUCGUCGAGGUCGAAAUCAAGUACUACCUUCUCAAGCGCCUCCUCGGUGUCAAGGUCAAGGAGGGAGAAAGCAACAAAGUCAAGGUACAGUUUCAGUUGUAGUGCUGGAUUUUUUUCUUCUAGAUUCUAUAACAAAUAAGCACUAUUUUUCAAAAUAUUCGUCAACCUGAAUGAUCAUUCAGUGGCAUCAUUCCCCUUCCUGUCGCUACAUGGAGGUGGAAAGAAAUUUUUCCACACAACUGUUCAUUGUACAAAACCACAGAAACUGUCCACGGGUGAGAUCCUGAUGGUGAACGUGGGCAGCACAGCCGUUGGUGGCCGCAUUCUGGGUAUGAAGGACAGCAAGAAAGCGGAGGACAAAAAGGACGCGGUGGACAAGGCAAAGAUCGAACUGACUAACCCGGUGUGCGCACAACCCGGUGACAAAGUUGCGCUCAGCCGAAGAAUCGAGAAGCACUGGCGAUUGGUGGGCUGGGGUACCAUUCUGAAGGGAAGCACCUUGAAGGUGGAGUAGGGAAGUUUUAUUCCUUCUGCUGGUGGAGAGAUAUCUUCGUAAAAAUCUCACGACUUUACUACGUUCAUUUUUGCCGAAGAGCAAAAAGAUGAAAGAAGGUUGAACAAUCGCAAUCAUCGCCUCAGUGUCACAAAAAUAGUAGAUCCUCUUUUGCAUACUCCAUGCGUAAGAUGAUCUCCAAAAAAUCUCACUCUGUGUCAUAGAUUAAACGCAAGAUGAACUUUUUACCAAGGGAUCAUACGGGUAAGUAGUUAAAGCACACAAUCGGAACAAGAUGAAAUCACGAAGAAGGCAGAGGAGUUUGUGAUUUCGAAAGAACCCAAAACGCACUGACGGCUCACCUCUACUGCUCCCGGUCUCUGCAAAACGAAAAUGGCGCGAGCUCGCCUCUCGCGCUUGCAUAAAAAAUUCUAAGAUAUGCACCGGAAU